AUGGGUGUCAAUUUUUAGAAAUGUAUAUUACAUUUAAAUGCACAUGAACAUCAAUUUGAUACAAAUAAUACACAUAAUGUUAGAGACAACAACAUCAACAUCCGUUUCCUUAAAAUAGUAAAAGCGUGAUUUUACUUUGAAACUAUGGCUUCUACGUAGCUCAGUGUUCACAUUUUAUGGACACGUUUCAGAGAGACGUUCAAAAAUCAUGUCACAGCUAAAUCGCGGUCGAAGCCGCUCAGACUUUUCCUCUGCUGGUUUUGAACGGCGCGCGCGACAUUGCCAUCAUCAAGAAAAGUCACUGUCUGCUCUUCACGCGGAGAUAAUGUUGAAUUAAUUAUAUUUGCUUAAUUCGAUCAUCGAUGGUCACGAUUGUCAAUUGCUCUAUUCACUUGGUUGAUUCUUUAAAUUUUGAAUCUUCACGUUUUAUGCGAAAGACGCGAUCAUUAUAAAUUUAUAAUUCUUCUGAUAUUGGUAAUUAUCGACAUUUGUUUAAUGAUUUUCGAACAGUGUUUUAAUUAUUAGGUUUUCUCCAAUCUCGUUUCGUUUGCGGCAAAUAAUUAUUCAUCGAGUUGAAAUUAAUUUUCUUUAGCUUUAUUAAAAAUACACAGUAGAUAAAUGUCCCUAUACGUCGGUAAUAAUCAACGAGCACUUACAUUUUACAAUUUGCAAUUUAAACGAAGGUGCGUUGGUGCGUACGUGAUACAGCGUGCACUUCAGAGCGACGCGCGUCGCUCUCUCGUCUCUCGGCUCUCGGGCGCAAGACGUAUGUCAGGAAAAGUGCGCGGACGCGAUCAAAGAAUUUUUUUUUAGUCCUCGGAAGGAAUAAAAAGUUUCGCGGGAUGGGAAAAAUUUGGGGGCUCGCCAAACAUAACUCCCCCUUCCUUCCUCUCUUCGAAUAAUUGCUUUGGAAAUUAUGAAUCGCGGCGAUGUCGUUGCGGUCGAAUUUCGCGCGGCUUCUCUCGAGCCUUCGUCGGCGAUCGCGUUACCGUCCUCCUCGAGGAAGUCGUCGCUAUCACCCGGUGCCGCGUUGCCGCGACGAGUAUCCCGAGCAGUGGCCCAGCUACAACCUCGCCUCGACCGCACUCUCCCGCAAUAAGCUUCGCGUGCAGACCCGCGAACCGCAAACGGUGGGACCUAUCGACGAGCAACAGCAGCACCACCACCAGGAGAUGGUGGAGGAGCGAAAGGAGGACGGCUUCCUCGUGGACGCGCAAGAGACGAUCUUUGUGUUGGCGAGGAUCGCGAUUGUAACCUCGGUUAUCACCACCCUGCUCGCCGCGUACGUGAUAACGCGCCUCACUCAUGCCACUUCGUUUCCCAUCAUUCUGCGAAAAGGUAUAGAGUUUCUCGGGCCGAUUUUUAUCAAGUUCGGGCAGUGGGUGUCGACGCGGCGAGACGUUUUCCCGCGGGACGUCUGUGACAUCCUUUCACGACUGCAGCGAAACGCGAUUUCGCAUCCCUGGCUGUACACGGAGCGUCUUUUCGAGGCGACCUACGGUCCGUCGUGGCGAAAUUUAUUUGUCAAGUUCGACGAUAAAGAGCCGAUCGGCUCAGGAUGCUGCGCGCAGGGAUUCGAUUGGAGGAUGCUGCUGUCCGGAGCAUGGUUCGAGACCAUCGCGGCGGCGCUACUCGCGAUCCUGGUGCUGGCUACUGGCUAUCGACCGCCUUGGUGGUUUUGGACUAGAAACUACAACGCGAACACCGACGACAAUGCAGCUGACAACGGCAGAAAAUACAAAACAGCGCGCGACGUACCGGGUCCGCUCGCCUUUCCGAUUUUGGGCACCAGGUGGAUAUACUCCCGCUUCGGCUACUACCACUUGAAUAAGAUUCACGAGGCGUAUAAAGAUCUGAAUCAGCGAUACGGGCCGCUGUGCAAGGAGGAGGCGCUGUGGAACUGUCUCGUGGUCUCCGUGUUCUCCCGUCGCGACAUCGAGGCUGUCCUUAAGCGAGGCUCGAGAUACCCGCUUCGUCCUCCGCAGGAGGUCAUAUCCCACUACCGGCGCUCCCGGCGCGAUCGUUACACCAACCUUGGUCUGGUCAAUGAACAAGGCGCGACUUGGCACAAGCUUCGGGCCGCCUUAACGCCGGAGCUCACCGGUGCCGGCACUGUAUUUGGCUUCUUCCCGGCGCUCAAUAUCGUCACCGACGGAUUCAUCGACCUAAUCCGAGAACGUAGAGCCAGCCGCUUCACCGUGAGAGGCUUCGAAGAACUCGCUUACAAAAUGGGACUUGAGAGUACGUGCACGCUGAUCCUGGGACGUCACUUAGGCUUCCUAAAGCCAGAUUCCAGCAGCACGCUCACAACGAGAUUAGCGGAAGCGGUCAGGAUUCACUUCACUGCCUCGCGCGACGCCUUUUAUGGCUUGCCGCUUUGGAAGCUGCUACCGACAUCCGCAUACAAGCAGCUAAUAGAGAGCGAGGACACUAUAUACAACAUUAUCUCGGAGCUCGUAGAGGCCACUAUGUUGGAGAAACAGGACGACGCCAGAGAUGAAUCUGUCGAGGCGGUCUUUCUCUCUAUUUUGCGGCAGAAAGAUCUCGAUAUGAGAGAUAAGAAAGCUGCUAUAGUGGAUUUCAUAGCAGCAGGAAUACACACACUAGGCAACACGCUGGUGUUCCUCUUCGACUUGAUCGGACGUAAUCCUGAAGUGCAAGAAACUCUUUAUAACGAGGCGCGAUCCUUGGCGCCUCCUGGUUGCGAUCUCACAGUGGACGAUCUACGAAAGGCAAAAUAUUUACGCGCGUGCAUCACAGAAUCCUUCAGAAUCGUCCCUACGACACCUUGCAUAGCACGUAUACUAGAUGAACCUAUAGAAUUAGGCGGAUAUCGUCUUGAUCCUGGAACAGUGGUAUUACUGCACACGUGGAUAGCCGGAUUGAGUGACGAUAAUUUCAAAAAUGCGUCCAAGUGUCUGCCAGAAAGAUGGCUAAGGCCUGUGGAACCUCAUUCACCGCUGUUGGUAGCUCCUUUUGGAGCUGGUAGAAGAAUAUGCCCAGGAAAACGUUUCGUAGAACUCGCGCUACAGCUUAUUCUAGCAAAGGUAUCAAAACUGAAAUAUAAAAGAAAAAAAGGAAAAAAGUUUUUAAUUGUCAGAAUUGCUUUUUAUUAUCGAUUGAUGUUUAGAUUGUUCGAGAAUUUGAAAUUGUUGUUGAGGAAGAACUCGGCUUGCAGUUUGAGUUUAUCCUGGCGCCGCAAAGUCCCGUGUCGCUCGGAUUUCGAGAUCGUGGGUCGAGGGCCGAGAUGACCUGAACGAUUUUUUUCCGCGAUUUAUCGGCGACUGUUCAUCGAGCGAUGAAUAGUAAUCGAGUGAACGAAUAAUCGUUCAAUUGUUGUCGAGUGAAGCACAGAUUUCACUUUCUUGCACGAAUUGAAUGCUUCGUGCGUCUCAAUUUUUUUCAUUGAUUGAUUUCCGAGGGUUAUCAUUUUAUACAUUUUUGUUUGUAUUAUUCGUAAUAGGGCGGUUUAAUCUUUUAAUUCAUUGAAAGGAACUCCGUUCGUCCGUUGAAGAUAUUCAUUGUUUACUCUGCCUAAUGUUAUGAUAUCUAUAUUUAACCGUAGGCGCAUAAACAAUUGAGGUCUUCUUACACGGAGAGAAUUUUCUCUUAAAAUUUACCCUCAAAAUCUAGUAAUUGUGGGAUAAUGUGUGACCUCGAGGAAUUUUACUAUACCUUUUAGUAAAAU